GUUGGGCUGCUCCAGCGGGGCUAACCCCUUCCCCCUGCCUGCGAGUCAGCCUGGCUACGAAUCACGUGUCAGCUGCCUGAGGCAGAGACUAGAGAGGAGGGGAGGGGGGGGAAGCGCCUCAUUCCUUCUUCCACCGCCAUACUGUAUUUUAUAGUAACUCAUUUUUAUUCCUCUCUUUUACUCCCGCUCGUGGAAGGUUUUCCUGGAGAAUGAAGUGCGGUUUGGUUUCCUUGUCAACGGAAGAUGAAGUGAACAACUGAACAUCUCCCCAGUGCAGACUUGCUGGACCUUCCCUCCUGCUCUGGACCUCUCCCCUGGCGUCGGCACAACUCAGAAGGAUGAAAGAAAAAGAAGCAAUAGGAGAGGGAUGGAAGAGGGGAGAGGAGUAAAAGGAGGAGGAGGGCAGCAAUUGAAAUGGAGAAAAAUUCAACAGCGGUUCAGGUUAAAGCAAAGUGAGCCAAUCAUGACCGGCAAAACACAGACCAGCAAUGUUACCAAUAAGAAUGACCCCAAGUCAAUCAACUCCAGAGUCUUCAUUGGCAAUCUGAACACAGCCAUUGUCAAAAAAGGUGACAUAGAGGCAAUCUUUGCAAAGUACGGAAAAAUAGUUGGCUGCUCAGUGCACAAAGGUUAUGCAUUUGUACAGUAUAUGAGUGAGAGGCAUGCGAGGGCUGCGGUGGCAGGAGAGAAUGCUAGGAUCAUUGCAGGACAACCACUCGAUAUCAACAUGGCAGGAGAACCAAAACCAUACAGACCAAAACCUGGAAACAAGCGGCCACUUUCAGCCCUUUACAGACUUGAUUCAAAGGAACCUUUCCUGUCUGUUGGAGGUUAUGUCUUUGACUAUGAUUACUACAGAGAUGAUUUCUACAAUCGAUUGUUUGAUUACCAUGGUCGUGUCCCACCACCACCUCGUGCAGUGAUACCAUUGAAGCGCCCUCGUGUGGCCAUGACAGCAACUCGUAGAGGGAAAGGGGUUUUUUCCAUGAAAGGGGGAUCGCGAUCAACGUCUAGUGGGGCGUCUUCUUCAGGAUCCAAAUUGAAAUCAGAUGAGUUGCAAACAAUCAAGAAGGAAUUAACCCAAAUCAAAACAAAAAUUGACUCCUUGCUAGGGAGACUGGAGAAGAUUGAAAAACAGCAGAAGGCUGAAGCAGGGUAUGCUUUCCUUACAGAAGCUCAAAAGAAGCAAAUGGAAGAUAAUGCUGAUUUGAUCCAAGAGGAAUGCAUAUCAGAGAAUGCAGAUAACUCUACAGAAGAGCCUAUUGAAGUAGGGCCAGAUGCAGAUGGGGAUGGAGAAGAGAUGACUGAUGGAAUAGAGGAGGAUUUUGAUGAGGAUUGCAGCAAUGAGCUGUUUCUACAGAUCAAGUGAUGAGGUGUCAUGUGUGAGCCCCUUGGAGGCUGAGAAGAGAAACUGUGACUUCCCCUUUCCACUCCCCCACAGAAAUGUGAACUGCGGUUUCUUACUGGCUAGCAACACCUUUGAUUCAAUUUGUAUGAAAACUCACUUUACUUAUUAAAAUGGACAUUAUUGUUCAAACCUUAGAAAUUUCAUUUCUUAUAUGUUCUAAGCUGUACAACUGUCAGAUUUUUAUGGUUUAGAUUGUAAAUGUGUUUUUCUCUGGCUAAUUAUUGGUAUUAUUUGUUUUUAAUUUUGAUGUCUUAAAGGCCAAGGUACUGUAUGAUAAUAAUAUGAAGGACAUAUUUAGCAGGCGUGAGAGACACUGUAUACAAAUGUAUAUUUGUAAAAGCUAUUUUUAUGAUUAGCAUGUUUUACUGUUUAUCAUAUUUAAAGUCAGUUGAUAUUGCAUUUCUAUGUUUAUAGCUUAACUCAGACACAGUCAUGUUAUGAUCAAAGACUUAUUAUCAAUCAUGUUGUAUGGUAUUUUUCAUUACUUUUCAUUAUAUUCAUAGUUUAAGAUAAUUAUGUUUACUAGUAGGGAUAAUAUUGAAAGGCAAAGUAAUAGUUCUGUUCUGUUCAUGCACUAUUUCACCGUAAUUGCUAAAAAGUGCAAAUAUGUCAAAUAUCAGAUCAAUUGAUAAACUGUAAAUUAGACCCACUUGUUAAUCCCUUUUUUCAAACAAGCACUCUCUGUGAUGCCAUAGAUUAGCACAGUUAUUUCAUCUGUAUCUGUUACUAUCUCAAAGCAGUUUGUUGUUACCUUAUGGAAAAGUUUACAUGCCAGUGAAUGUCCUAUCCAAACUGUAUUCCAGACAGGUGAAUGUUUUAUAUAUUGCCAAUAUUUGAAACCUUACAUUAGAUUAUCAAUUGUUUUGUUUCACUUUCGGUCAAUAGGAUCAUUCCAUUCCUCAAUCUCUCAAGCAUUCUCCACAUGCUUGAAGUUGGAAUAAUCCAUUCUCACAGAGGCUGUAGGGGAAUUCAGUAUUUAAUUUCUUAAUAAAUCAUGUUUCUUUUCAAA